AUGGGGGAUUUGAUUGCCGAUGUUUUUAUGUUUUCUGGGCUGCUGGAUAAACACAUUGGCAGAGGAGGAGAGGGGAAACAAGCGGAGAAGGAGCUGGAGGUACUGGGGACAUGCAACAACCGCACCCAGUGUGCAGUGGUGGCUGGGCCUGAUGUCUUCCCUGACCCCUGCCCUGGCACAUACAAGUACCUGGAGGUCCAGUAUGAGUGUGUCCCUUACAUAUUUCUGUGUCCUGGCAUUCUGCGAGGGGUGUACCAAAGUGAACAUCUUUUUGAGUCCGAUCACCAGUCCGGUGCGUGGUGCAAAGACCCGUUGCAGGCCUCAGACAAGAUCUACUACAUGCCCUGGACCCCAUACCGCACAGACACGCUGACAGAGUACUCGUCGAAAGAGGACUUCAUCGCGGGCCGUCCCACCACCACCUACAAACUCCCACAUCGUGUGGACGGGACUGGCUUCGUGGUGUAUGACGGCGCGCUCUUCUUCAACAAGGAGCGCACACGCAACAUUGUAAAGUUUGACUUGCGCACGCGCAUAAAGAGCGGCGAGGCUAUAAUCGCCAAUGCCAAUUACCACGACACCUCGCCCUACCGCUGGGGCGGGAAGUCGGACAUCGACCUCGCCGUGGACGAGAACGGACUGUGGGUUAUCUACGCAACGGAGCAGAACAACGGGCGCAUCGUGGUGAGCCAGCUCAACCCCUACACGCUGCGCAUCGAGGGCUCCUGGGACACCACCUACGACAAACGCUCCGCCUCCAACGCCUUCAUGAUCUGCGGAGUCCUGUAUGUCGUGAAGACCGUCUACGAAGACGACGACAACGAGGGGACCGGGAACAAAAUAGACUACAUGUACAACACCGACAAGAGCAAGGAGGUGACCGUUAACAUACCCUUUCCCAAUUCCUACCAGUACAUUGCUGCAGUGGAUUACAACCCGAGAGACAACCUGCUGUAUGUGUGGAAUAACUACCAUGUGGUCAAGUACUCGCUGGACUUUGGCAACAACGAUUAUCGCCCACCUCCCAUGAUGCCCCCUAGCCGAGGAGGGGGAGGAGGAGGUUCAGUCGGUGGUGGUGGUGGGGGCUCCUCCUCUUCGUCCACCAGCCGCACCACCACCACUCGUUCUCCUCCCUACUACACCACCCCCAGGCCCCUCCUCACCACCUCCCCUGGCCAGCGGUACCGAACCACGACCACGAUUCGCCAGCCCGUCCUGGUUCCUGUCGGUGGCUCGUCAUCAGACACCAACCAGAUUCCUGACACCAACCAGAAAGCCGGACGCAAUCCAGCGGUGCAGGUCCCUCCUGCUGCCCCGCAGCCUCCUGCCCUGCCUCCUCAAGACUUCUGCAGUCCAAGGUUGACAGCCGACAUAUCGUGGCCUCGGGCACAGCAAGGCCAGACGGCCAAGCAGCCCUGCCCUGUAGGGACACUGGGUGUGGCCACAUACGUGUGCAUGGCCCACUUGGGCUACUGGGAUCCCCAAGGGCCCGACCUCAGCAACUGCACGUCACCCUGGGUCAACCACAUCAUGCAGAAACUUCGUUCGGGUGAGACGGCUGCGAUCGUUGCCAGGGAGCUGGCGGAGCAGACCAAAGGGCUCCUGCGGCCUGGCGACGUGCCGUCCACGGUGCGGGCCAUGGCCCAGCUGGUCGAGCUGCUGGACGUCCAGCUCAGGAACCUCACCCCCGGGGGCAAGGACAGCGCAGCCCGCAGCCUCACCAAGUCGCUCUCGCUGCCUUUCCACUUCGUCCUAACCCCGAGUGAAAAGGGCAGAGAGGAAGUCAAACGGCUGAUGUGCUCGCUCUUCCUCCCCCUGCCCUCGCCGUCGCCGACCGGAGACCCCUCUGUUCCUCGUGGCACCUGCGCUCCAUUUCCCUCCCCCCUCCCUCCCUCUGCCCCUCCUCCAGAGAGAUAA